CUGGCAAUUCAGUUGCCAAACAAAACGCGAUCGGCUAACAUCCACGUACCGCUUGGUCUAGCUUUAGCUUUACCGUUACGCCAGUGAUUUAUACUAAAUUCGUACAUCCAUAUUUGAAAAACCAUGGCUAGGUUGAGUGCCCUGCUGCUGCCCCUCAUUUUGUUUAUUGUCGCCUUUGUGGCGCACACAUCUUUUGCCACAGUGCAGCCAAAGGCCCCGAACUUCCAGUACUUCGAAAGGCCCAAAUACCGUUAUCCCUACUACGAUGAGCACGGGCGCGGAAAACUUCUCUACGGCUACGGCGGACCGGAAUUGUAUCAAUACAAGACCUACACGCCUUUGGAGGGCAUUCACUAGGCUAGAUUAUUCAUGUAGUUCGUAAUCGAUGUAUUCUAUUUGCUGCUUUAUUUAAAUUAAACUUUUUUUCUUAACCCAAAAAACAAUUUUUAAAUUCUUGAUAACGUGAACAACAGAGGGCGCUCUUAGUUGGGCGGCUAGCGCUGGUCACACUGCCAAGUUGUGUUGCUACCAAACCAAGCACGCAGUGUGCCCGCAGCACGGCCGGCAUAAAAUACCAAAGGCUUCAAUAAUUAUUAUUAUUGUUGCCGAAAGGUUUUGUAAAUUUGCAUUUAUUUUGAAAUAAUCUAUUAAAAAUGUCACG